AGUGUCAAAUAUAUUUUUAAAAAUAUUCAUAUAAAUUACAGUGACAAAUAUGCCCCUAAGUAAAUCUAAACAACCAAAGAAAAAAACUAAAGCAACCAGAAAAAGAGAAUAUUAUACCCUUCCUGCCAAAGCUCAUACCAAUAACAAAGUACCAGCAUCUGUAGAUAAAGAUGAAAAGAGAUCUGGAGUAUUUAGUCAGAUGGCAGCUACCGCUGGUGGCGUUGCCGUUGGAACGACCGUCGGACAUUUUGUAGGAAAUAUUUUAACUAGCAUUAUAGGUAUGGCUAGUAAUAAAACAGCUGAUUCCAACAAGGAUAUUCAACGUUAUGAAGAACCGAGAAGGACUUGUUCGAAAGAAAUUCAACAAUUCAUAAAUUGUGCCGCUACAGAGAAAGAUAUUACGUUAUGCCAAGGAUUUAACGAAGCUAUUCAACACUGCAAACAAAAGCAUAACCUUAGUUAAGCUUUAAAAAGAAAUAAAUCAAAAAUAUUAAAAAUAAUGUAAUAUUUAAACUUCACUUUCUUCUUUAUAUAUAAAAAUGCAGUAAAGUUGUAAAUAUAUAAUAGAUUCCACAAUAUAUU